AUUCUGAGGGAGCGGCGCGACUCCGGGCUAUUACACCAUUUUUUCUCGGGUGGAGAGACAUUCUGCGGGUGUGGUGUCAGAGUAGGCUACGCGCCGGAUAUUCCGGAUCGAACGAUACAGGCAAAGCAGUUUCAACGACUGGUCAAAUCCUUUUGCGUUAUCAUUUGAGGUCAAAUUAACGCACUCAGGUUUUGCAGACAUGGUAGAUUAUCACGCCACAAAUAAUCAAACUCAACAAUAUCCUUCAGGCGGCCAUCACAUGGAACAGGAAAAUGAAUGGGACCGGGACCUGCUGCUCGAUCCGGCCUGGGAGAAACAGCAGAGAAAGACAUUCACAGCCUGGUGUAACUCCCAUCUGCGCAAGGCUGGCACACAGAUUGACAACAUCGAGGAAGACUUCAGGGAUGGCCUCAAACUCAUGCUGCUAUUAGAGGUCAUUUCAGGGGAGAGGUUACCCAAGCCAGAGAGAGGCAAGAUGAGAGUUCACAAGAUCAAUAAUGUCAACAAAGCACUGGACUUCAUUGCCAGCAAGGGGGUCAAGCUGGUGUCCAUCGGUGCAGAAGAAAUUGUGGAUGGCAAUGCGAAGAUGACCCUGGGAAUGAUCUGGACAAUCAUCCUCCGUUUCGCCAUCCAGGAUAUCUCAGUGGAAGAAACCUCUGCCAAAGAGGGCUUGUUGCUGUGGUGCCAGAGGAAGACUGCUCCCUACAAGAACGUCAAUGUGCAGAACUUCCAUAUCAGCUGGAAGGAUGGGCUGGCCUUCAACGCGCUCAUCCAUAGACACAGACCUGAGUUGAUUGACUAUGACAAACUUAGAAAGGAUGAUCCAGUGCACAACCUGAAUAAUGCUUUUGAAGUGGCCGAGAAAUACCUUGACAUCCCAAAGAUGUUGGAUGCAGAAGACAUCGUGGGCACACUGCGGCCUGAUGAGAAGGCCAUCAUGACCUAUGUCUCCUGCUUCUAUCACGCCUUCUCUGGCGCCCAGAAGGCUGAAACGGCAGCCAAUAGGAUCUGUAAGGUCUUGGCUGUCAAUCAGGAGAAUGAACACCUAAUGGAGGACUAUGAGAAACUGGCCAGUGAUCUGCUGGAGUGGAUCCGCAGGACCAUCCCCUGGCUGGAGAACCGUGCCCCGGAGAAGACCAUGGCUGAGAUGCAGCAGAAGCUGGAGGACUUCCGCGACUACCGCCGCGUGCACAAGCCGCCCAAGGUGCAGGAGAAGUGCCAGCUGGAGAUCAACUUCAACACGCUGCAGACCAAGCUGCGCCUGAGCAACCGGCCUGCCUUCAUGCCCUCGGAGGGACGCAUGGUGUCUGACAUUAAUGGAUCCUGGCACAAGCUGGAGGGGGCUGAGAAGGGCUACGAGGAGUGGCUUCUCAAUGAGAUCCGCCGCUUGGAGAGGCUAGACCACUUGGCUGAGAAGUUCCGUCAGAAAGCUACUAUCCACGAGUCCUGGACCGAUGGUAAAGAGGCGAUGUUGACCCAGAAGGACUUUGAGACGGCCUCCCUGUCUGAGGUGAAGGCUCUGCUCAAGAAACACGAGGCCUUUGAGAGCGACCUGGCUGCACACCAGGACCGGGUGGAACAGAUUGCUGCCAUCGCCCAGGAGCUCAAUGAGCUGGACUACUAUGACUCCCCAAGUGUGAAUGCACGUUGUCAGAAGAUCUGCGAGCAGUGGGAUAUCCUGGGCUCCCUCACCCAGAAUCGCAGAGAAGCUCUGGAGCGGACAGAGAAGCAGUUGGAGUCCAUUGAUGAACUGUACCUUGAGUAUGCCAAGAGGGCAGCGCCUUUCAACAACUGGAUGGAGGGAGCUAUGGAGGACCUGCAGGAUAUGUUCAUUGUGCACAACAUCGAGGAGAUCCAGGGGUUGAUUACAGCUCAUGAGCAGUUUAAAUCAACUCUCCCUGAGGCCAACAAGGAGCGGGAGGCCAUUCAGGCCAUCCAGGCUGAGGUGCAAAAGAUUGCCCAGUACAACGGCAUCAAGCUGGCUGGAGCCAAUCCCUACACUUCCAUCACUCCCGAGAGCAUUGACAACAAAUGGGACAAGGUGCAGCAACUGGUGCCCCAGCGUGACCAGGCUCUCCAGGAGGAGCUUGGACGCCAGCAGUCUAAUGAUCACUUGCGGCGCCAGUUUGCCAACCAGGCAAACAUUGUUGGACCGUGGAUUCAGAACAAGAUGGAGGAGAUUGGUAGGAUAUCCAUUGAGAUGAAUGGAACACUGGAGGAUCAGCUGACCCACCUGAGGCAGUAUGAGCAGAGCAUCAUUGAGUACAAGCCCAACAUCGACCAGCUGGAGGGAGACCAUCAGCUUAUUCAGGAGGCCCUCAUAUUUGACAACAAAUACACUUCCUACACCAUGGAGCACCUGCGGGUUGGCUGGGAGCAACUGCUCACUACCAUUGCACGCACCAUCAAUGAGAUCGAGAACCAGAUACUCACACGCGACGCCAAGGGUAUCAGCCAGGAACAGCUGCAUGAGUACCGUGCUUCCUUCAACCACUUUGAUAAGGACCACAGUGGUGCUCUGAUGGCUGAGGAGUUCAAGGCCUGCCUGAUCAGUCUGGGGUACGAUGUGGAGAACGACAAACAGAAGCGCACAGGGAUGAUGGACUCGGACGAUUUCCGCGCCCUGCUGAUAGCCACCGGCAACAGCCUGGGUGAUGCUGAGUUUGCACGCAUCAUGGGCAUUGUGGAUCCCAACAACAGUGGAGCAGUCACCUUCCAGGCCUUUAUCGAUUUCAUGUCCAGAGAGACAACCGACACCGAUACGGCCGACCAGGUUAUCGCCUCCUUCAAGAUUCUGGCUGGUGACAAGAACUUCAUCACGGCAGAUGAGCUGAGGAGAGAGCUGCCUCCAGACCAGGCCGAGUAUUGCAUUGCCCGCAUGGCUCCGUAUACGGGCCCUGAUGCCACCCCUGGAGCCCUGGACUACAUGUCCUUCUCCACCGCGCUCUACGGAGAGAGUGACCUCUAAAAGCACACACGCCAGGGGCAGACACCAGCUGUGGAUCGGGCAGGGUGAGAGGGAAGAGAGGGGAAGAGAAUGGUCAGGGGGGAGGGGGGUGCUUAUCGAGGCUUGCCAUGUUCAGAGCAGUUUAUCACCUGCUUCUGGGUUCAGCGGUAGCUCUAUAUUUUAAUAUUUUUUUUGUUGUCGUUUGUUUGUGUGUUUGGAGGGAAGAGGUGGUAGGGGAGGGGCCUAAGCAAAUUUGGCAGAUAGAGAUCUGGAGAUGUGCAAGGUUUAGACAGUAAUAAACAGAAUGAUUUAUGGAUUGAAGAGAAUUAUGGAGUAACAAAAAUGUCCUGUGCCCUCACACAACCCAAUUUGCUGGAUAAGUGGAACUUGGACAUUUAACCUCAACCUUUUAAUUUUUUUUGUCUUUUCUCCUGAUUUUUAUUUUUAAAUGCUCACUUCCAGCAAAUGUGAGUUAACGGGUUAAGUGCUGUACAUACUUAUUUUUCCCAGUAUGCAAAAUACAUUCAGAUAACACUUGGCAGGCUUUUAGGGCUUCUGGAUGAUCAUAAAUUAAAAAAAAAGUAUGAAAUAGUAAAAUAAAGACAGCAGUUUCAUUUUUGCAGAGUACUGUAGAUAGGUUUGCGUUAAGGCUAAGUUUAAAUUCUUCUCUCCUGUAGAACCUUUUUCUUAUGACUGUUGAAUGGUACACAUGCGUGGAAAUGCCUAGGACCUCUAAAAUGCCUUGAAGCGUCAAUCCAUACUAAACGCCUUCUACUGGCUUUUGACUUCAGUUUGCAGUUUGCAGUAUCCCUCCCCUAACCCUUUCCCUCCUCCUUUGUCAUAAGUUAGCAUCAAGUUCAUCCAUGACGCCCAACCAUCCGUGAUGAAUUUGUGAAUGUCCAUGUUUGUCGGCAUCAACAAGCUAAGCAAAUGAUACUGGCACUGAAAGAUGGAUUUGAAUAGCAACCCCCCUCCUGCCUUAAACAUAACAAUGAGACGGUCACCACACCACCACUUGAAAGGGUGGGGAGAGUGAAAGAAAAGCUUAAAAAGUAAUGUGCCUGGUAGUGUCUGAGGCCCUGCUCUGUCUCUAUCUCUUUCUGCCUCCCUCCAUCCUUCGGAGUCUUGAUCCCCACAGCAAAGGCCAGGGGCGGAGAGAGGGGAGGAGAGACUAGAAGGGGCGGAGUUUUAACAUUCCAUAUUGUCUUAAAGGAUAUUACUGUAUUCUGAUCUAUGCAAUCAUAUAUAUAUAUAUAUAUAUAUAUAUAUAUACAAUGUAAACCAUGUUCUGAGGGGGAAAUGGAAAGAAUUGAGCGGUCAUCUGAUUGGUCUGAUAUGUUCAAAAUGAUUUCCUGUGAUAUCAGUGAGGGAAAGGGUUGGAGAGGUCGUGGCAAUGUUUGGAGGGAGAAAGGGAGAAAAAGAGGAGGAAAAGAAGACAUUGACUAAAAGCCUGUUCUUUUUCCUGCCAGGUUGGAAAGCAUUGAACUUAAACAAAAAUCGUGACUCUUCAUUUUUUUGUACUCUUUAAUAUCAAACCUGAUCUGCUGUACUGGUUUGUUUGCUAAGAAACAAACAAAACCUGCUUUCUGUCUCAAGUGAAUUUCACAUGCACACAUAAAGUUUCCUUAUAAAAUAUUACCACUUGAAUUUUG